GUGUCAAUUCUUUACCUGGUCCACUCCCAUUCCCAUUCCUUGGUAAUUUUCCUCAAAUUUUGUGGUUUGGUGGAAAUAUCCAUAUGUUUUAUAUUUAUUGUUGCGAGAAAUAUGGUGACAUAUAUGAGACUUAUAGUGUAAAUAUACGAACUGUAGUUUUAUGUCGAAGAAAAUACCUUGAGAACAUUUUAUCAAAAAAUACACAUGGAAUGAAAUUUCCCAAAUGCGAAGGAACAGAAAAAUUGGGAGUUUACGGAAAGGAUUAGCGUUCAAUAAUGAUUAUAAAUCGUGGAUGUUUAAUAAUCAUUUUUUUAAUCAAGCUAUUUUGUCACCAAAAUUUACUAAUGAAGCUAUUGAUCAGACAAACAAACUUUUCAAUGAAUUAGAAAGUUAUUGGAGUAAAUUAUUUCUUAAGAAAGAAAUUAUUCAAGAACAUAAAAAUAAAUUAAAUUAUUCUGAAUGGUCUUAUCAUUACACAAAUGAUAUUAUUAUUAAAUUGUUAACUGGUAAAAGAUCUUAUUCAAUGGCAGCUUAUUUUGAUGCUCUUAGUGAUGAAAAAACUGAUUAUCCUAAAGAUUCUGUGAAAUUAUUUCUAGCAUUUCGUAAAUUAGUUACUGUGGGAUAUGCAUUAUUUGCUGUAGUUCCUUCUUUCAUACGAUAUAAUUUUCCAUUUGUUAGAAAGAUAACAGAUGAAGUAUUACAAGACUUGGAUUAUAUUAAUCAAACAUUGGAUGCAAUGAUUAAGAGUCGAAGACAAGAAAUUGAACAUACACCAUUGAAUGAACCUUUGAACCUUUAUCGCAUGAUAUGUUGA